AGCCCGCGACGGCGCUGGAAAAUCAGACGUUAUUACUAUGUGCAGCUAAAUAACAUUAAAGCGUAUCGUAAUCUUAAAAUAACCUUUGUAUAGAUUUUCAGUUUCUCUCUGCAAAUCGACUCAGUUCGGCUUCGUUUCAUCACCUAAAUCGGACUCAGCUAGUUCGUGGAUAUUGAAUUCGCUGGAACAAAAUGGGACCCCAGAAUUAGUCGUCUCGGACGCAGCAUUCAACAGGAUGGCUCUCUAUUCGCUUUUUGACCUAAGUUUGGGCUGCGUCGCGAAAUAUGCCGGCAACUUCCACGGGGACAUUAAAACUUUGCCCCUGGGAAUAAAGGACAAGCUGGUGCGGUUAAUGACUUCCAACGGCACCCUCACCGACUUCAAUAUCAGUCAGGUGCUGCACCCUUGGCUGAACACACUGGACCUGCAGAACUGCAAUGUGUCAGACUCUGCCCUGCAGCAGAUCCAUUGCAAACAGCUCAGGAAGAUAUUGCUGCGGGGGUGCCAAGGCAUCACUGCCGAAGGUGUGAAGGCGUUAGCAUCCUCCUGCCCAGGAUUAAUAGUUGUGGACCUGACCAGGUGUAGGUCCGUCACAGAUGAAGGCGUCCUAGCCCUGGCGGCCCAGUGCAGGCUUCUGGAGGUGGUCAGCCUCAGCGGCUGCUUGGGCCUCACCAGCGCCGCCCUGCUGGCACUGGCACAAAACUGCAAAGUUCUGCAUAGCAUCUACAUCUCUGAGACACAGGUGACUGAUGAGGGUGUCAUUGGACUCGCUACUGGAGUGUGUUCCAACAGCUUGAAGGAGCUGCAGAUGGCACGUUGCCAGUUCCUGACAGACAGAGCUGUGAUGGCGAUCCUUUCCAACUGCAGCAACAUCAGGAUCUUCAUCUUCCAUGGCUGUCCAUUGAUCACAGACCAUUCCAGAGAAGCUCUGCAGAACCUCACUGGCCCAGAUAAGAUCCAGCAGGUGUCAUGGACGGUGUAUUAAAUCCUGAGAAGAUUGCCGUUACAGCGGCAUGCAUUCUGAAAGACAACGGAUGCUCUUUGCAGUACAUCCACACAAUUUUAACAUGUCCCAAAACAUUCUAACAAACCAACUUUAUUGAUUUAACACCUACCACCUGGGUGGCCUGCAUUCGACAGACUGGAUAUACAAACUCAAUAUAACAUAAAGUACCUGAAGUGGCAGGGGGGUGUAGUCGUCAGGACCGACUUACAGCUGUGGUUAUUGGGAAUGACGGCACUAAGUUACACACUAAUAGCAUUAUCUGCUUCAUUUAGAACCAUUUAAAACGUGUUUGUUUAAAUACAGAUCACUGAGUCUUACUUCAUGCCCUAACUGAAGUGCUUCAUGACUUAAUCAGCACGUUUUAUGCAGUGAUUUCAAUCCUUCAGUGUAGCAUGUAGCUUUGUUUCAAAAGUGCCCCUGACUUUAUGUUGCAUUACUGCACAUUUAUCUAUGGUGAUACAUGAUCUGCUUAUACGCUGUUAGAAUAUUUGAUAAUGGGGUUUACAUUUUGUACAUUUAUAAUCCUUUGCGUCUAUAAAUUAAGUGCUUCUCUUAGCUGUCAUAGGUUAAGGAAACGCUAAUGCAGCUGUACAGGGACCUCUAGUGGCCAUUAAUCUUUAUACAUUCUCUUUGAACAAUGUGCCACGUGACCCAACAUCAACGCCGGGAGUGCUUCGUUUGUUCUCAGUACAUAUCGCUGCAAUUAAAAAAUAAUCGUUUGCAAAGCUGAGGUAAAGAGCAGUCCGACUUUUGUGAUUAUGUGUUUAGUGUGAUUCUUUAAAUGUUACUGCUUUGUGCACUACUGUGACAUCACUGGGAAAACUGGGGAACGUAUGAGGAAGCAACGUGUACUACAUUCCAUAUGUAUUAUUUAUUGUAAAGGUGUUUGUAAGUAUAUUUAUUAACUUGGUGUGUUGGUGUUUUAUCAAAACUGGAUCUGUGCAUUUUAUGCACCCCAGUGGUUCGUGUUAAUAAAGAAUUUUGCACUGAAA